AGAGUCGUUUGAAACAAAAACGGGGAGGGAGUUAACGCGUUAGGACAAUAUGUAUCGUUAACACGGCCGCUACAUUUUCCCCUGGGAUCAAGCGAUAGCAGACUUCGAUUGAAAAGUCAUCGAUCAAAGGUAUCUUAAUUCGUACAAUAGCCGGUGAUGUUGUAAAAUUUGGACGCAUGAUCGAUCGUUCCAUAGCAUGGUGGCAAGGAGCUGGUUAACUGAACGCAAUGUCGUUCUAUUCUAUGAAAGUAGAAACGAAUAAAAUGAAAUUUCGAAGAUAGACGUGCAGUGACAUAUUGGAAAGGAAGGAACGUGGUUCUGCGGUUGUUCCAGUCCGCCGAAUCGGCACGUGACAGCUGUCACCUUUGAAAAUCACGGCUAAAAAAAUUGUUUAAUAUAUGAGCGCGGAUCCGCGACGAUUUACACUUGUUUUCAAUUGAGACGCCCCGAACCGCGGCGAAUUGCUGCGACGAUUGGGGUGACUUUUAAAUGGAAGUAUAAUUUUAGGGUGUGAGCAUUCCCAUUCGACUUUCUAAAUGUAUAUAUUCAUUUAAGUGCGAUGAGUUUCUGGCCACCCCCACUCUCGAGAAUAUACAACGUCCCUUUUCUGUUCGUAGCCCAACGUUUUCAACGAAUAUGGGAACUAACUGAAUCAGAAUUACACCGAAGACACUAGAAACUGACCGCAGGACGACUUUUCGCUUUUCCCCGGAUCUGUGUUUAACACUAUGGGCUUGUAAUUCGAGUUGGACAACGGUUAAUCGGAGAGUCGAUUAAUUGGCGAAGGGCAGGCUACGAUGUGCCCAUGGCACAUAUGGCAUGGGACGAGACGUUCCAUGACUCGCCGGAUUUUCAGACAUUCGUUUGGAAACGUGAAAAAUGUUUCGCUAUCGUUCGAAUUGGUCGAAAACUGUUCAGAGAGGAAGAAGAAACGGAAAAGGGAGAAGCGAGGAAAGAAUCCGAGGUACGACACGAUACAAAAGAAGAAUUCGAUGGUGGAGAAAGAUUGCGAGGACAAACAAGGGUAGAACGUACGGUUCGUAGAAUCGUAGGGGCUGAUAUUUAUCAUUCUAUUCCGAUCCUCGUAAUACUAUCGCCGAUAAAUUCUCGCGGAUGCGUGGAGAUACUGUAACGCGAUCGCCGAUAAAUUCAUAUUUCCGAUUGAUCGGAGAAACUGCACCAACAAAUCGUAAAGCAAUCGAGCACGCGAUCAUUUAGAUACGCGGACUGGCAUAUGCGUGCGCGCACGUUGCUUCGGACUCGAGCAUUCCGAACAAUAUCAACCAAUUAUCGGACGAUUGUGUCGCGGUGCCAACUGUCAACGUCGAUGGUCAACCGGUCGAUCGGCGGAGGAGGGUGUGACCAUCGGUCACGAUCGAUGGACGCGGUCCAUCACCCUUCGGUCCAUCGUCCGAUCGAAUUGCGAACCUUUGUUUUCGCAAGGAAGAUCGCGCCGGACAAGUGUCGAAUGCUACUAAUUUUAUGCGUGUUUGCUUUACACCGAACAUUCGUUGUUUGUGCAAGAGAUGGGCAAGCCAUCGGACGAAUCGACUGGACGCUUUCGCGCGUACUCGUCGGUCCGGCCGGAAUUAUGAAUAUAAAUAUUUGUAGGCCGAAACGAGCGAAGCUCCUCUUGUAAAAUUAUCCCUACCAGUUUCGCUCGUGGUGGAUAGAAGCGUGGAUAGAAGCGUGGAUAGAAGCGUGGAUAGAAGCGCGUAUAGAAGCGUGGAUAGAAUCGUGAAAAAAUCACGCGGCAACCUCUUCGAAUUGGACAGCGUAAGUGGAAGAAGGAGCGACCGCUAACGCGCUAAGUGACGGCGCGGUGCCCGUUCGCAGCAACACGAGCGUACACGAGCGACAAGAUUCGCGACACGCGACUUCACGUGCACGAGUCGCGUGCAGCCCGGAAGCGACGGUGAAAUACUUUGCUUCGAUUUCGACAGCCUUCUCCUAUCCACAGAGCGACGCGGAAUAUCGCGCUAGAACUCUGCCAGAGUAUCGAUCGAGCUUUUCGAUCGCGAACCAACCGCGACGGUCUUUCGAAUCAGUUCGAAUCAGUACAAAGCAUCGCCGAAUUACCGAAAAUUCGGAUAUUCGGAUCUCGCUAGCCGAAGAAGAAAAAGAGGAAUUUUCGCGUUUUCGGAUCCGGCGAAUAGUCGGCGGAUCGGCAGCGGUCGUUCGGUUUCGAUAAAAAGUCAACGACGCGACGCACGAUUAGUCGGCUUGGUUCCCAUAGAGCCAGCGAUAAUCGUAGGAGCGCGUGCCGCGUGCGAUUGCCGCGUGAGAACGGUUCUAUCGUGAUCGCACCCUCCCUCGUAGCCGGCCACCCUUCGUAGCGAGCGUUCGCGAGUCCUGGCAACCGUGGGAGUCGCGUCGAGAGAUAGCCGAACCAGCAAAGCGAUUUCACGCUAAUUCAAGAACCGAUCCGCGAGAUCCAGUUUUCUCCGAUAGAUGCGACCGCUUUCCUCUUCCUUGUGCGAUUCGGUAGGCGUCAGUAGGCUCGUCGACGCGCGCAACGCCAACGUGCAGCGAGUGGCGUCACGUUCCCAGAUUUUGCAAAAUCUCGCACAGGCACGAACAAGAGGGUAGAGGCGGCGUGCGACCAGUUAAGCGCCACGAGCGUUCCCACGAAAAUCGCCCUGUCCGAUCGCCGCUUUACUCCCCCUUGGUCUCUCGCUCUCUUUCUUCCCCCAGUCGCAAACCCCUGUGCUUCUAAAGGGAGCGCAGGGGUUGGAAGAGAGAGAGAGAGAGAGAGAGAGAGGAGAGGGGUUUUCACCUUGCGAUCGAGAAGCGAAACAGAGAAGUUGCCCCCUCCGCACCAAGGAGGCGCGGCACACCUAGUCCCCACCAAUAGUGCCAGGGACGAAACGGGGCACGCGGUCGUGUGCCGUCCCCAAGUCCGCCCGCACAUGACAAACGUCGUCCGCCACGCGACCAGUGCACACGCCUGCGAGUGCGUCGCGUUUCGCACCAUCGUCUAAUAUAUCGCGAGUCUACUUGGCGCGCGUACACGCGACCGCGAACCUCCUCUGGAAGCCGCGACACGUGGACACCAUCGACUUCCGGCCAACGCUACGCUAAACAACGAUCGCAUCUCGCGACGGCCGACUUCGUCUUCCUCUCGUCUUCGCGGUGUAACGUGGUGGUGAAGAGUGACAGCGACGAUCGCGUUCGUCGCACGCUUACGAACCCGAACGAACGUACGACUCGACAGCUUGCGAUGAAUCAGUGACGACCUGUUUUCGAUCUGUGCGCGAUUUCGACCGCGAGGAAAGCGUCGCCGAUCGAUUUCGAGGAAUACGACAGUUCGAGAGCACGGGACAAUUGGCGAAGAAAGAAGAAGAAAUGUGGAGGGUCGUGGUGGCGCGAUCGGACGAAAACAGCACGUUGCUGUCAUCGGAAAUCGGCUCCGGGCCGGUCGGUCCGGUCGGCCCGGUCGGUCCCAAUCACAUCUCCGGUCUUCCCGGUCCGCCUUCCACUCAUCAUCAUCACCACUGGGGCUAUCCACCGCCGCCGCAUCCCUCUUAUCAGCCGCAGCAUUCUGACGCACCGCGCCAUCAUCACGAUCCGCGUCCACCUCACGACCUCAGGCAUCCGGCCACCACUACCACCAGCACCGCCGAUCUCAGACACGAGAUGCACAGAUCGGAUCCGAGGCAUCCUUCCGCCGCAUCGGAGAUGCAGCAACGACACCAGCCACCGGAAUUGCACAGGCCCGAGAUGGUGCGACAUCACCAGGAUUUGUCGGGAAUGAGGCCAGACAUGGGCAGCGAAAUCAGAUCUAGUCACGAGUUCCCCGAUCUUAAGAUCGACGUCGUGGACAUAAGGAGUCAGGAGAGCGGGCAGCAGCAGCAGCAACAACAGCAACAACAACAACAACAACAACAACAACAACAACAAACGUCGCAACAGAGAAACUUGAAGAGAGCUAUGAGCGAUUCCGAUUGCGACGACGUGUUUUCCGAGGAGAGCGGCAAAGAACCUUGUAAUUCGCCGGGAGGCGAUUCCUGUCAGCACGCGUCGCGAAAGCGAAGAAGAGGAAUGAUAGAGAAGAAACGCCGCGACAGAAUAAACGCGUCGCUCGGCGAGCUGCGGAGAUUAGUGCCGGCAGCAGCGAGAGAUCCUCACAGCGGCAAAUUAGAGAAAGCGGAGAUCUUGCAGCUCACCGUCGAACAUUUGCGGUCGCUUCGAAACAAAGGUCCCGAAGGAUACGACAGUACGAAGCUGGCGAUGGAUUACCACGCGGUCGGCUGGGGCGAAUGCGCGGCCGAAGUCGGUCGCUACUUGGUCACGAUGGAAGGCCUCGACGAGAGGGAUCCUCUGAGGUUACGAUUGCUCUCCCAUCUGCAAAGUUUUCACCGCGAUCAUCCUCCGUCCGCGGUGCCCUCGUCCGUGCCCCCGGUGACGAGUCUGACGUCGUCUUCGACGAGCAGCAGCUACGAGCCGGCGGCGAGCUCGGUUCCCCCUGGAAUGCCACCUGGAACGGGUACUAUGCCACCUCUUCUGGGUGGUAGCGCGCUCGGAUGGGGCCAGUAUCCCGGCCAGUAUCCCCAGCAGCAACACGGUAAACCUUAUAGACCGUGGGGUGCCGAACUGGCCUACUGAAACGCGGCCCAUCCUUAGGCGAGUUUCGCCACUUCCUGCGUCUUCUUAUCAUCUCGUCUCGUUUUCGAACGAACGUAGAACUCUCUCCUGAUUUCGUAUUCCUCUCCUCGGGGAAUUCUCUUUUCUAAAUUACGACACGGUACGGUACUUUACGUACGAUAGUCAUGCGAGUACCUAAUAACCAUCCAAGCGGAUGUUAUCUAUUUAUUCGGUUCGACUCGACUCGCGAUGCCUGCCGAUCGAGCCACGACGUUGUACAUAGAUUUGUAUAUAGAUAUAAUCGCAAUUAUUGUAAAUAACGAAACGCGAUCGAAAUCGUUCGCUCUUAUUUCUAUUUUUUACUCCUUUAUAUCUCACGUUCCUCUUGUAACAAAUAUUGUCUGCUCGUUUGUAUAAUAAUCGAGUCGAAGAUGUAUCGAUCGAACAAGUGCCAUUAAACGUAUCGCGCUGCGUACGUCCUAUGGAAGGAAACGCUCAAAGAUGUUUGCAAUAAAACGACGAUAACGAAACAUACCAUAACGUAUAUUUAUUUACUUAUGUACAUAUAGACACGUACGUUAUAUCCGACAUCUCGUUUCUGCCGCUACGUUUCCCGCCGAUCGAGUCAAAUUCACGAAACCAUCGAAACGCGCGAGUAUUUAUCUCUUCUGCCAACUUAUUCUCUGCUCGCCUCUAUCCCCGCUCCUUAUCCUCUAUCAUCCCGGGUUUUCCCCGGAACAGGAUUCGCGCUAUGCCCGCUGACGCAUCGUGCUCGUAACGACAAAGUCCGCCAACUAUUCUUAUGCAAAGAU